UCCUCACAUUCAAGUGCAUUGCGAGCCCUGUAUAAAACUAAAAGCAGAGGCAGUGAAUUACAGAAUGAGAUGCAGUGUUUGGUGAAAGAGAUGGUGAACUCAAGACUACAAGCCUUGGGUUUGCUGGGACUGCUGUUCUGUGCAAACAGUGUGCAAGGUCAGGGAAACAGUUCGACUCCCUCCAAUGCAAGUAUCGUUGGAUUUGCUGUUGUCCUCUCGUUUCUCAUAAUAGCUCUUUGUAUUGUUGUCCUGCUGUGUGUCUGCUUUGGUAAGUGUAGGCUGCCUUGUAAACCCACCCGAGUGCACGAGGUGGAGAUCAGUAGAAGUGAUCAAGAUCCACGAAGACGCUCAAACAGAGGACAUUUAGUACCUCAACCGUCCCCCAAGAAUUAUAGAUUACGACCAUCUAGUCUUGACAACACGACCAGUGUUCACCCUGAUAGUGAUAGAGAGCAACGAUAUGCCUCCCUCCCUCCCUCCAACGUUCUGUCUACAUCCGUAGCACUAGCUACUCUCACCUCCCCACCUCGAUAUUUGUUCACACCGGGUACGCAAAACCCACAGCAGCUAAUGGAGGCUGUCAACACACUGCCAACUUCCUCUUCCAAUAACAAGGUGGUUCAUUUGAGUCAAAUCAAUGCAGAGUCCUUCAAGAAGAUAACAAACAGUAGCAAGGAAUAUUCACAGCAGCAAAGAAGUGCAUCACUCAACACCAGGACAGCAUCUGGCCACCAGCAAAGAGAUUCAGACCAAGAAAAGAUAUCAAUUUCAAACAGAAUAGUGAGACCACCUGACAUUCCUGAAUGUGGACUUCCCUACCAACCUCAAAAGUCACCACUCACUCCUCGUGGAUAUCAUUCAACCAAUAGAUCUGCACACAGUUUUCCUCAACGAUCAGUUAGCUCAAACCCUCGACCAGGUCCAAUUCCUUAUUUGAGCAAUGCACCAGCAGCUCGAGUUGAGAGUCCUCUGCAAGACACAACGGAUGAAAUUAGCAGCUCUAUUAACGAUCAAGGACACUAUGCGUUUCCACGGCCACAGGAGCAUCAAGACCAAAGAACUGUACGAGGGUCAUCAAAGGUCUCCUCAACAAAAACUCCUCCACCCUCAUACUCAACUGUGGUGUAGCUAGCUAUUGUGUAUGCCCCCUCAACAAUGCAUUUAUUUUUUGCUAUUUUUAUGCCACUAAUAAUGAGCUUUUUGUACAAAAUAAUGUUUUGCACAACAUUUCAA